GUGGAGCUCUGUGUUCGGGUUGAUUGGACCACCGACGAUGGUCAUCAAGAAACUCCCAAAACUCCGAUCCCGACCUCACCCACCUCCGUCGCCGCCGGCCGAACUCGCCGCCCUCUCCCCUCCGGUGGACCCCUCCUCCGUAACUCCGCCACCCACCCUUUCCCUCUCCACCGCCAGCCAAACCCAACUCUCCCAGUUCCUCGCCGCCCAUCUCAAGCCCCCCUUCACCCCCCAAGCCCUCCUAGCCUUCCUUAAAACCCGCCUCCACCACCACCCCAAGUUCGCCGCUUUUGACUUCCAAAUCUUCCACUACGCCGCCUCUCUCGACUCCUUCCGCCACGACCACUCCACCUUCGAGUGGAUGGUCCGCACCCUCGCCGUCACCCAUCGCUUCGACGCCCUCCGCUUCGUCCUCGAUUUUAUAGCCUCCAACCCCUGCCCUUGCUCCGACGGCAUUUUCUCAUGCUCCAGAACCGAACCCAUUUUCCGUUUCGCCAUCAAUUCGUAUUGUCGAGUCGGUAGAUUUGACGAGGCUUUGGCUGCGUUUGAUUGUAUGAAGAAAACAAUUGAUGGGUUGCCCAAUGUGGCCGUCUACAAUACAGUGAUUCAUGGCUUUAUUAAGUACAGAGAAGUUGAGAAAGCUUUAGGGUUUUAUGAUAGGAUGAUUAAGGAUCGGGUAAAGCCAGAUGUUUUUACGUUUAACAUCUUGAUUAGUGGUUACUGUCGGAAUUCGCAAUUCGGGUUGGCUCUCGACGUGUUUAAGGAGAUGAGAAUUAAGGGCUGUACUCCAAACGUAGUCAGCUUUAAUACUUUGAUUAAGGGGUUUUUCAGGGAGAGGAAGUUCGAGGAAGGAAUUGGGAUGGCAUAUGAGAUGAUUGAGUUGGGGUGUGAGUUUUCUACUGUCACUUGUGAGAUUUUAAUUCAUGGGCUUUGUGAAGAGGGCCGGGUCUUGGAUGCGUGCAAUCUCUUGGUUGAUUUCUUGGGGAAGGGAGUCUUGCCUCGCGAAUUCGAUUGUUACAGUCUAAUUGAGGGGCUGUGCAAGGAAGGCGAGGUGGGAAGAGCGGUAGAGGUAAUGGGUGAACUAUGGACAAAAGAGAAUGCUCCUAGUUUGAUUGCGUGUACGACUUUGAUUGAAGGCUGUAGGAGAUUGGGCAAAACCAUAGAAGCGGUUGCGCUGACGGAAAAGAUGUUGAACGAGGGUAUUCUUCCUGAUAGUGUGACGUAUAAUUGUCUACUUCGGGAUAUGUGUAAUGCAGGAAAAUCAGUCGAAGCAAAUACGUUGAGGCUGUUGGCUUCUAGAAAGGGUUUGCAUCCCGAUGGUAUGACAUAUAACAUUUUGGUAUCUGGAUACACAAGGGAAGGUAGAAGGAAGGAGGGGCAACUUCUGGUGGAUGAGAUGUUGGACAAGGGAUUUAUACCGAAUAUUGCGACCUACAAUAGGUUGAUGGAUGGGCUUUUCAAUGGAAAAAAUUAUUUUUGAUGAGAACAAACUGUAAUUCGUGGGAAAAUACUUGAUGUUUCAAUUCUGAUAGUGGUGUAUAUGCCAUAAGAUGUUUGAUGUGUAACUUCAUGUGCUGGUUUGAGGCAAGCAAACUGAGAGUGAUGAAAUCCGCGCAUCCUGCUGCAGUAAGGAUGGAAAAAAGUUUAGCUGGCAUCAAGGUUCAGUGUAUACUUAUGUGGACUUGUGCUUGAACAUGAUGCAAUCUAGAAAGGAGCCGACUAUGGUGCUUCCAAAUGCAGCUAGAUUCCACUAUGAUUUAGCAGUAUUUUGUAAUUUAGGGGGACUUUUCAGUAUCUGGGAAAUGCUGCCCAAGCCACUAGGUAUAUGUCUUCAACAUUGCAUUUCUGAUUGUUCAUUGAAUUCUCCAGAAAAAAAUAGUACAUGUAUACUCUUAUAACAAUAUAUCAUUGUGUUUACUUUUAUAUGUCUCGGGAUCAGAACUCAAAACGAAUAAUUGUAGUUAUUGUAUCAUAAACGAUAGAUACCAGGGACAAGCUCAGCCUUUUUAGGUUAAUAUCAUAGUUGUUUCUUUAAGCAUUCUAUGUUCAAUUCUUGGAGUUAAAAGAGUUCAUUGAAAGUUUGAAAGUGUAUGCUUCAGGAAAAAGAUAUGGAAUUUGUGAUUCGAGUGCUACUGCUUCACGACUUUCAACUUGUAAUAUUUUCCACUGGUUCUUGGAGGUGGCCUUUAAGCUCACAAGAACCAGGGAUCUAACUAACAUGAUCUGAAAGCCCAUCUUCUUGUAGUUGCCUGCCUAUAUUGAUUUAGAAAGGUUUAUGGAAUGAAAUUGAGAAAAUUUUCUUUCUUUUCUUUUGCCUUUUCUCUCAUUCUCUGUUUAGACUUUAGAUAGUUUACUAACCAAAGAACUUUACAAUUAUCUACCCUCAGGCCCUUUAGAAAACUCUCUGCCAUCUUACUUAUUCUUAUUUAGUUUCGAGUAAGUCAAAAUGUUUCCAAGUGUGUUCUUUCAAUUUUGCUUUCUUGUUAAACCCAUGGAUUGCUUCUAGUUUAUAAGACCAGUAAGCCACAGUGCGAUUGGGACAUGGACAUUUGUGGAUUCAAACUGUUGCUGUUUAGUUCCAGAAGCAGCAGCAGGACCCCCUUUCUGUUGUUUCUGCAGUGGACAUGGACGCAACUUGAUUUAUUUGAAAGCAACAAAUGUGUUCCAAACUGCAUGGCUUAUUAAUCCUUCACGUAAUUUGGGGAGUUUUUUUUUGUUCCCAAUAAAAUAUUUUAUUGCCCUCUUUGUUUAUGGCGCAUGAAAGGCCAGCUUUCUGACACUGGAACAUCUUAUUUGACUAAAUAGAGCUGAUUAUCCAUCUUUCUACCAAGUAAAAAGAGAAUCAGUGUAUGAAACUUCCUGUUUUGUAAGAGUGAAGAGCCAUUUUUGUAUACAAUCUUAGGGUUGUUCUCUUCGUGUUUUAGUUUUCAGUUUUGAAUUCAUUUUUAGUUUUGUAUUUUGAGUGUCUGUUUUGAAAUUGCUGAAAACGCGCUCUUUUUGUCAUUUUGAAAAACCGUCUCAAAACAGAAAACUAGAAAUGUGUUUACUUUGGAAUUUUAAGAAAAAAUUAUUUUAUGAUAUUUUAUUCAAUAAAUUUGAUUAUUCAAUAAAUUAGAAUAUUUUAAUUCCAAAAUUGAAACCCUAAAUUAGAAAUCCCAAAUCUGAAACCCUAUUUUGGGUCGUCACAUAUCCAAAUUAAACCAUCAAAUUAGAAACAAAAAUAAAAAAUCAGACCUAAUUUGAGAAGUACAAAGGCUUAGAUGUAACAUUCCGCAUCAAGCGAUAGGAAGGACCGGAACAACUUACCCUGAUGGGUUUACAUGAACUUCCCAGGGAGUUAUCCAUCCUUGAGCUUCCCCAGUUCAAGCACGCUUAACCUAUGAGUUCUUUGCCUACAUUUAGCCCAAAAGGUAUCUAGCUGGUGUUGUUUCAUUUCUUACUUAUCAUCGAUAUAUACUACCAUUCUCUAGACUCUUGGAGUAUUACAUUCUCUCCCCUUGAGCACAUGACGUUCUCGUCAUACAACUGGUCUCAGAUCUUCUCCCAUUUGAGGGCUGUCAUCUUAGAAGCUUACCAGAAGCUGCUCCUUGAACAGACCCUUGAGCCCCGACGCCACUCCCCGCCUUCAUCAGACCGCAUUCACCAAGGGUCGGCUCUGAUACCAACUGUAACAUCUCGUAUCGAGUGAUAGGAAUGACUGGAACAACUUACCCUGAUGGGCCUACGUGAACUUCCUAGGGGGUCACCCUUAUUGAGCUUCCCCAGCUCAAGCACGUUUAACCCGGGAGUUCUUUAUCUACAUUCAGCCCAAAAGGUAAACAGCUGGUGUUGUUUCAUUCCUUACUUAUUUUC